CAUAUUAAUUGUGUGCAGGGCAGCUGGCACAAGCAUCCUGAUAAUCGUCUACAUAGGCAGUCCGUGAAGCAGUACUACUACAGGUUACGACAUAGCAAGUAUAAGCAGAAGACGUAUCAAUGCUAAUCAAGAUAGUCCAUGACGCAUGAAUGCAUGAAUCGUGAUAGGCAAGCCAUGAUGAGAACCAUACCACCACCGCCACAACCCCCACACAUAUCGAAGCAAGCGCCGCGCCGAGAGGGAGAAGACCCGUCCUGUCCAUCCAACACCUCUCGAGUCAGCACCCCAGAACUCUGCGCAGAAGAGAAGGAAACAAGCACCGAACCCACCUAUGAAAGAUUUACACGCCCACUCCCCUUGCCCAAUCCCGCCCGAGCCGCUCCCGCGCGUCCAUCACCGCGCGCCCCGCCCCCUCGCGGCCCAACACCCCCUCCCCGCGCCGCCCUACCAACACAUUCCCCCCCGUCUGCGCCAACAACGCCCCCAACGCCCGAUUCUGCCGAUACUUCAACACAUGCCCCCACACCUCAU